AUGGUUGGCUCCUUUGUCAUUGCUGAGGAAUGUGCGCCUACCACGCUUAGCUUCGCGCUGCUCCCGCUGGAAUCGGAGUCGAAACUCUGUGCCGCCGACUCGGGAUACAAGCUUUACCCAUUCACGGGUAUGCCGUCGCAGGACGAAGUGAAGGCCUUGUGCAAGAGCAAAGCUUGCAACAAGAUGCUAGAUGAAGCUAGAGACGCCGACAUGCCAGACUGCGACGUGACCGUUAACGGGACGGCAUACAAUAUUCACGAGAGUAUCGAGCUCAUGUUCGCAGAAUGCAAGGUUAUCGACGUUAACAAGCUUUCCACUUAA